AUGCGGCUGCUGUUGCUGCUGCUGCUGGUAGUCCUCCAGGGUCUCCUCCUCCAGGCCCAGGAGCCUCCGUGCAGGCUCUUAGGGCAGCCAUACCUGCCAGAGUAUGAGAAGGAUGGAGACCUUGUCAUCGGGGGGAUAUUCUCCUUCCGCACAGGGCAAGACGGUGUAGACGAGACGUUCAACAGUAUACCUGGUAAACGCAAAUGCAAAAAUUUCAAUUUCAGAGAAUUCAGGUUUGCCCACACUGUUAUUUUUGCAAUAGAAGAAAUAAACAGACGGCCUGAUCUGCUGCCUGGAAUGACCCUGGGAUACAAGAUCUAUGAUGACUGUGGCACUAUGGACAUACUGAGGGCCGCUGUGAAUUUGGUGAACGGUCCACAGGGCGUGGAGAAGUGUGUUAUUCCAGGUGGCGUGCAGGCCAUCGUUGGACACUCUGGGUCAAUGCCAACUAUUGGCUUUGCCAGACUGAUUGGACAAUUUCAGAUACCAGUGAUCAGUCACUUUGCCACAUGCCCGUGUCUAAGCAACAGGAAAGAGUUUCCCUCCUUCUUCAGAACCAUCCCCAGUGACUACUACCAGAGCGCAGCCCUCGCCAAGCUGGUCAGGCACUUUGGCUGGACCUGGGUCGGAGCCAUAAGCAAUAGAAACUACUAUGGUAUCCAUGGAAUGGCUAUGUUUUUGGAAGCGGCAAAAGAGCAAGGAGUGUGUACUGAGUAUCAUGAGACAUUUGAAAUAACCGGACCAGACCACGAGAUUCUUCAUAUAGUUGACACCAUACGAAACGCCACUUCCAAGGUGAUAGUUACCUUCAUGUCGCACAGAGAGAUUAAAGUGUUGGUGUCUGAGCUGCACAGGCAGAACAUCUCUGGACUGCAGUGGGUGGGCAGUGAAGCUUGGCUCACAGAUGACUCCCUCACCGACAGUGAAGGGCAUCAUCUUUUGAUUGGAGCCAUUGGAUUCACUGUCAGAAAACAACAGAUUCCCGGUCUGGGGGAGUUUCUAAAGGACGUUCAUCCUUCCAAGCACCCCAACAGCCAGUUUCUCAAAGAUUUCUGGGAGUCAGUCUUUGACUGUUCUUUGAAUCCACCAACAGAGAAUGGUGAAAGGAGACAAUGCAAUGGAUCGGAGAGUCUCGGAAAUGUAAAUAAUGCAUUCACUGAUGUGUCUAACCUAAGGUUCAGAUACAAUGUCUACAAAUCUGUAUAUGCAGUGGCACAUGCUUUGCACAAUGUCUUCACCUGCCAGCCUGGUCAGGGGCCCUUUGACAAUGGCACCUGUGCUACACAUACAGCCCCAAAACCGUGGCAUGUUUUGCAUUACCUGCAAUCUGUUAAUUUCACCAUGCCCGGUGGAGAGCAAGUGUAUUUUGAUAGCAAUGGAGAUUCCCCGGCAAGAUAUGAACUGAUAAACAUAAGAAAUAUCACAAAAGGAACCACCAACAUUGAAACAAUUGGUCACUAUGACGGAUCACUGCCUAAAGAGCAGCAGUUCCGCAUGAACCCUGCAAAUAUUAACUGGAGCGGAGGGCGAAAAGAGGUGCCCGUGUCUGUGUGCAGUGAGAGCUGUCCCCCAGGGACCAGGAAGGCUGUGCAGAAAGGGAAACCCAUAUGCUGCUAUGACUGUAUACCGUGUCCUCCUGGCACGGUCAGCAACACCACAGAUGCUGCUGAGUGUAUGCAGUGCACUGCAGAGUAUUGGUCUAACAGGAGAGGAGAUGUAUGUGUCCCAAAGCUAAUUGAGUAUCUGUCCUACCAUGAGAUUAUGGGCAUAGUGCUGGCCUGGUUCGCAGCAUUUGGAGUGCUUCUCACACUUAUGGUCGCAGCAGUCUUCUACAGUCAUAAAGACACACCUAUCGUCAGAGCUAACAACUCAGAGCUGAGCUUCCUACUGCUCUUCUCCCUGACUCUCUGCUUCCUCUGUUCUCUUACUUUCAUUGGUCGGCCCUCUGAGUGGUCCUGCAUGUUGCGUCACACAGCGUUUGGGAUCACCUUUGUUCUCUGCAUCUCCUGUGUUCUGGGGAAAACGAUAGUGGUGUUAAUGGCCUUCAGAGCCACUCUUCCAGGCAGUAAUGUCAUGAAGUGGUUUGGGCCUCUGCAACAGAGACUCAGCGUUCUUGGCUUCACUCUCAUACAAGUCCUCAUAUGUGUGCUAUGGUUGACUAUAUCACCCCCUUUCCCUUACAAGAAUAUGAUUCUAUACCAGGACAAGAUUAUUUUAGAAUGCAACUUGGGUUCAGCUAUAGGUUUUUGGGCAGUGCUGGGUUAUAUCGGACUGCUUGCUCUCCUGUGUUUCAUACUGGCUUUCCUAGGUCGCAAGCUACCAGAUAACUUCAACGAGGCCAAAUUCAUCACAUUCAGCAUGCUGAUAUUCUGUGCAGUCUGGAUCACUUUUAUUCCAGCUUACGUCAGCUCUCCUGGAAAAUUUACCGUCGCUGUUGAAAUAUUUGCCAUUCUAGCCUCAAGUGCAGGUUUACUGUUUUGUAUUUUCUUACCAAAGUGCUACAUUAUCUUAGUGAGGCCUAACCUGAACACAAAAAAACAUGUAAUGGGAAAGUCAUCCACUGAUAUUCAUUAUUAA